AUGGUGCUGCCUUUUCUUCCGCAAUUUAACGAGUCCGGUGUGACUGCAACUUAUGCAAGUGACUCAGCGAUUGUUACCGACGGUUCUCAAUUUCACAAUCUGCACCGCGACGUCUUUUAUAUCCCGGAUCCGACAUUGGCCUUUGUGGGUGUGCCGUUCUAUACUGCAACUUUUACCCUUUUUGAAUUCCAGGCCAUCGCCGUCGCAGCUUUAUUCUCCGGGACGUCACAGUUGCCAUCGACUGAGGAUUUAAGGGAGGAAUAUGAAUCUCGAGUUAGGGAAAAGGGGCACGGUCGGAAUUUCCAUUCGCUCAAAGGCGAGGAAGAGGCCUACGUGAAGAGCUUGGUCGAAUGGGUGAACAUUAGAAGAUUACGCCACGGAGUACCUCUCAUUGAAGGCCAUACUUCAUCCUGGGUAGAGGCCAAGAAAGACCAGAUUGAAAAGCUGCAUCUACUUUGGCAAGCAAUUCCUCAGUCCAAAACCGUGGCAGAAGCUCUAGCCCAGGGGGCUGCAGAGGUAGAGGUGAUAGCCUGA